ACCCAAUAGUAUUUUUCUUUCUUCUAAUCAAAGUAAAACCCCUAAUUGAACUGGUCAAGACGGGGUGUUAACCGGAAACAAAUCGGAGCAGUGAGCGAUUGAGAGUGUUGCCGGCGGGAGACUUAAACGGCUGUAGAUGGCGGAUCCCUAUUACCCAUACCCAACUUCUGCACCUUCCGACGGAGCAAACUUUGCCAGAAGUAGCUAUGCCGGUUACAUUCCAUCCGAGGCACCACCGUUGGCCUCUCCUCGUCCUAAAUCAACUGAAUUUCCGGGCUACGGAACAGAUUACCUGCAUAAAGAUGUAAGCUUGUUUCGGACGGAACCAUAUGGUGUUGAUGAUACCAGGGGAUCUAGAGUUCACUCCGAACCUAACGUUGCGGGUUAUUCUCCUCUUGAAGAUCCUAAAUUAAGUACAAAAAGAGAUACUCUGCCGGGUGUUGAUCCAGGUAUUCCUGAUGCAAUUGCAAACAAUGAAAGAUCAAUCUCUAAAAGCAGUUAUGAUGCCCUCCCAGCUUCAGCUGCGGAAUCAAACAUUUUGUUUGUGGGUGGCCUUCCAAAAGACUGUACUAGAAGGGAAGUAGGCCAUCUUUUCCGUCCUUUUAUUGGCUAUAAGGAUAUCAAAGUUGUUCACAAGGAGCCAAGACGAAGUGGGGACAAGGCUAUGAUUUUUUGUUUUGUGGAGUUUAAUGAACCCAAAUGCGCUCUCACCGCUAUGGAAGCUCUGCAAGGCUACAAGUUUGAUGAUAAAAAACCUGAUUCGCCAACCUUAAAAAUCCAGUUUGCACACUUUCCUUUCCGCCCGCCAACUGAUGAUCGACAAUAAGCUUUUUAGUAUGACAGACUCGUGCUGACUGGUAUUGUAUUUACUUGGCUGAGAAGUUUGAUGCUGCUCAGAUGAACUCUAUCUGAUGGAGAAAUUUGCUUUUGGAUUCAAAACUUUAGAGGAGGCGCAGUUGUUGAAACGAGAAUUUUUUUAAUAGAAUUUUCACGAUCUUAGAAAUUAGGUGUUGCUUUGUACCUUUGAGUUUUGAUCCCUCACAAAUCCCACAGCAGUGGUGUUUGCCGCCUUUUUUUAAGUAGGGUGUUGUGUAUUGUAAAAUAAAAUGGUCAGUUGUUAUUUAAUGUGUUCUGGUAUCAUAUUUGGCGUUAAAUUCUUUGAAGUAGGUAUAAUUUAUGUAAGAGGUUCAAAGACUCAUUUUUGUCUCA